AAUUGUAAAGAAUUGACAAAUCUUGUGAAAUACGUAAUCCAUGUCCAAAUGAACAUAUUGGAAUGAGAAAUUUUCAUUUGUGUGAUUCACGGUUUCUAAAUAACCCACCUUGCUAAGGAUAGGACGAAUGUAUUCACCAUAGAGGUACGUGUAUCCGACAAAUAUCCAACAACGAUAAGUAUUUUAUUAAUUAUUUGAUAAGUAUAUGUAAGUAUCCGAUGAAUAUCAAUAUCCGAUACGUCUUGAACGUUUCGGAUACAGAUACGUCACCCUGAUCGAAGCAUCUGUGAUUCAUAGAUGGGAACCCAAACUCAUUUAUACAUACUCCCCUUGUUCCCUCAAAGUUAUGGAGUAAGACAUCAAUUUCUCAAUAAGGUCAAUUCUUAUGGGCUAUUUAGAAGCCUCAGGAUAUCAUUGAUUUUUCCCUAUAUGCUUUUACUCUUGGUUUCUUGUUUUCGAUGUAUCAAGAAAAAAUUUGUCUUUAGGUCUUUUACUUUUCUCUGGGCAAACUGUUGUUGGCCAAGUGAAGAGUAGUUUCUUUAUUUUUGGCACCUUGAAGACAAGCUAAAGAGACAUUAUAUACCAAGAAAUACGUAUAGCAGAGGGACGCAGACUCCAAUAAGUGCUUAUGUUGUUUCGUUGUCUGACAGCAUAUGUUCAAUUCUGUUAGUGCUAGCCCUCUGCAUACAAAGAUGUCGUUGAGGAGGGCUAAAUCUCCUGGUUGGGCUGCAUUUGACCUCAAGCAAAAACAGAAGCAAGGCCUUCUUGAAGUUGAUAAUGAACCUUUCCCACCUGUCUCAAAUACAGUUUACUCUCUGGGGCACUGCCAAAACCUGUUAAAGAAUGAUGAUAAUCAAGUGACGUCUUUCUCAUCUGUGCUAAUAUCUUCUAGAAGUUCCCCAACCUUGAUAGCUAGUAAGGAUUUGGAAAAACAACUUCAAGUUGGUAAUUGUAGUGGGAACUGGAGCAAUAAGAUCCUUGAGGAAAAUGUGGAAAGCAAAGUCGUAAGCCACGAGAAGCUUAAAAAGCUUCAGUCCUGGGCUGAAAAUAGCUUUCUUGUGGAUAUUAUGACUUGUGUGAACAACGAUAUUGACAAGACCUCAACUCUAUUGGAAGCAAUGGUUUUCUCUGCAGAGAAUGGGGAAACAGACAUUGCAAAUAUGAAAUCUAAUGAUGAGGAGACCCCUUUAGACAAUAUUCCAUUGCCAGGAACUAAAUAUGUAUUUUCAGAAGAGGCGACAAACCCUGAAGAACUGAGAUAUGUUGUUAAGGACUGUCUCAAUAACAACAGAAAAAAACUAAUAGCAGACCAUUCAUCUUCUCAAAACAUGCUUCCUACCAAUGCGGUGAUGAAGGCGGAUUUGGGUAACUUACGAUUUGUACCUGUUGAGCCCGAGUGGGAAGAGGAUGAUAUUUACUUUAUCCAUCGUAAAGAUGCAAUGAAGAUGGCGAGGUAA